AUGUAUUCAAUAUGUAAAAGCACUCAUCCUGCAACAGGAGUAGAACAUGCUAUCACAUGUUAUUUUUUUAAUCGGUCUGAAAAAUGUCUUGUAGUAGCUGGUGCAAAUAUUAUAAGAGUAUUUCGUUUAAUUCCUGACGUAGAUAUAACAAAAAGAGAGAAAUACACAGAAUUACGUCCACCAAAAAUGAAGCUAGAAUGUUUAGCUCAAUAUACUUUGCACGGGAAUGUAAUGUCGAUGCAAGCAGUACAUUUAAUUGGAUCUCAACGAGAUUCUCUCUUGUUAAGUUUUCGUGAUGCAAAGUUAUCUGUUGUUGAAUAUGAUCAAGAAGCUCAUGAUCUUAGAACAGUAUCUUUACAUUAUUUUGAAGAAGAAGAAAUACGGGAUGGAUGGACAAAUCAUCACCACAUACCAAUUGUCAGAGUAGAUCCUGAGGGACGUUGUGCAAUUAUGUUAAUAUAUGGACGUAAAUUAGUAGUAUUACCAUUCCGUAAGGAUCCAAGUCUUGAUGAUGGAGAUCUGCUAGAUACAGCAAAAUUAACUACAUCUAAUAAAACACCUAUAUUAUCAUCAUACAUGAUAGUAUUAAAAAGUCUAGAAGAGAAAAUGGACAAUAUUAUAGAUUUGCAAUUUUUACAUGGAUAUUAUGAACCAACUUUAUUGAUUCUUUAUGAACCUGUAAGAACUUUCUCAGGGCGUAUUGCAGUAAGACAAGAUACUUGCGCAAUGGUAGCCAUAUCAUUAAAUAUUCAACAAAGAGUUCAUCCUAUUAUAUGGUCUGUCUCUAAUUUACCAUUUGAUUGUUAUCAAGCAGUACCAGUAAAAAAACCUCUUGGUGGAACAUUAAUAAUGGCAGUGAAUUCUCUAAUUUAUUUAAACCAAAGUAUUCCACCAUAUGGAGUAUCUCUUAAUAGUUUAGCAGAUACAAGUACAAAUUUUCCUUUAAAACCACAAGAAGGAGUUAAAAUGAGUUUGGAAGGUGCUCAAGUUGCAUUUAUAUCUCCAGAUCGUUUAGUUAUUUCUCUAAAAAGUGGUGAACUAUAUGUACUGUCGUUAUUUGCAGACAGUAUGCGUUCAGUACGUGGUUUUCAUUUUGAUAAAGCAGCUGCUAGUGUUCUAACAUCAUGCGUAUGUAUGUGUGAAGAUAACUAUCUUUUUCUUGGCUCACGCCUUGGAAACUCAUUAUUACUAAGAUUCACUGAAAAAGAACCAGAAAAUGAACAAAAUCUGAAUGAUAAUGAAAUCAUGGUCGAAGAUAAUGAAAGUGAUGAAACUCCAGCAAAGAAAAUUAAACAAGAUUUCUUAGGCGAUUGGAUGGCAUCUGAUGUGUUAGAUAUCAAGGAUCCAGAAGAAUUAGAAGUAUAUGGAAGUGAAACACAUACAUCUAUUCAAAUAACCUCUUAUAUAUUUGAGGUAUGCGAUAGCUUAUUAAAUAUAGGACCAUGUGGAAAUAUAUCUAUGGGAGAACCAGCAUUUUUAUCUGAAGAAUUUUCUCAUAAUCAAGAUCCUGAUGUUGAAUUAGUUACAACAUCUGGUUAUGGCAAAAAUGGUGCUCUUUGUGUUCUUCAAAGAUCAAUUCGUCCUCAGGUAGUCACAACAUUCGAAUUACCUGGAUGUGAAGAUAUGUGGACUGUUAUUGGUAAUCUAAAUAAUGAUGAUCAGACAAAAGCAGAGUCAGAGGGUUCUCAUGCUUUUCUAAUAUUAAGUCAAGAAGAUUCAACCAUGAUUCUACAAACUGGUCAAGAAAUCAACGAAGUUGAUCAGAGUGGAUUCAGUACUCAGGGAAGUACAGUUUAUGCAGGAAAUCUUGGUGCCAACAGAUACAUAGUACAAGUUACCCAAAUGGGUAUUCGUCUUUUACAAGGAAUUGAACAAAUACAACAUAUGCCCAUAGAUCUUGGUUGUCCCAUAGUACAUGCUAGUUGUGCAGAUCCAUAUGUAACUAUACUUUCAGAGGAUGGUCAAGUUAUGCUACUUACACUUAGAGAAGGAAGAGGUACAGCAAGAUUACACGCACAAGCUGCAAAUUUACUAUUUCGUCCUCAAAUAGAAGCACUCUGUGCAUAUAGAGAUGUAAGUGGAAUUUUCACAACACAACUACCUGAAAAUUCGGAAGAUGAUAUACCAGAAGAAGAACACAAUGUAGAGGAACCACCUAUUGUCAGUAAUAUUGAUAAUGAGGAUGACUUAUUAUAUGGUGAUGCACCAGCUUUUCAAAUGCCUGUACCACCUCAUACUAAAAACAUUGAUGGAACAACUAAAAAAGCACCAUGGUGGCAAAAACAUUUACAAGAAAUUAAACCUACAUAUUGGUUACUAGUAUAUAGAGAUAGUGGAACCUUAGAAAUUUAUUCUUUGCCAGAUUUACGUUUGUCCUAUCUUAUUCGUAAUUUUGGUUAUGGGCAAUAUGUUUUACAUGAUAGUAUGGAAUCUACAACAUUGCAAACUAAUCCUGUUAAUGAAAUUCCUAAUCCUGAAAAUCAGGUUCGUGAAAUUUUGAUGGUUGCUUUAGGCCACCAUGGAAACAGGCCAAUGCUUUUAGUACGCUUAGAUUCUGAAUUGCAAAUUUAUCAAGCUUAUAAAUAUCCCAAAGGUCACUUAAAAUUACGUUUCAAAAAAUUAGAUCAUGGUAUUAUACCAGGCCAUUUAAGGCCAAAACCUAAAGAAGAAGAUAUGCCCAAUAUGAACGAAACACGAAUUUCUAUGAUGCGAUAUUUUAGCAACAUUGCUGGAUAUAAUGGUGUAUUCAUUUGUGGUGAUUAUGCACAUUGGAUAUUUCUUACUGGACGUGGAGAGCUAAGAACACAUCCAAUGGGCAUAGAUGGUUCUGUUACUUCUUUUGCACCAUUUAAUAACAUUAAUUGUCCUCAAGGUUUUUUGUAUUUUAACAGAAAGGAAGAAUUAAGGAUAUGCGUUCUACCAACACAUUUAUCAUAUGAUGCACCAUGGCCUGUGAGAAAAGUACCUUUGCGAUGUACACCACACUUUGUGACAUAUCAUCUUGAGAGUAAAACUUAUUGUGUUAUAACAAGUACAGCUGAACCACUUAAAAGUUAUUACAGAUUUAAUGGCGAAGAUAAGGAAUUCACAGAAGAAGAAAGACCAGAUAGAUUUAUUUUUCCAUCACAAGAAUUGUUUAGUAUUGUUUUAUUUUCUCCAGUUUCUUGGGAAACUAUACCAAACACUAGAAUCGAAUUAGAUCAAUGGGAACAUGUGACAUGUUUAAAAAAUGUGUCUCUGGCAUACGAGGGAACAAGAUCUGGAUUAAAGGGUUACAUUGUACUAGGAACAAACUACAAUUACGGAGAAGAUAUUACAAGUAGAGGACGUAUUCUUAUAUUUGACAUUAUUGAAGUAGUACCAGAACCUGGACAACCAUUAACAAAGAAUAGAUUUAAACAGAUUUAUGCAAAGGAACAGAAAGGUCCUAUUACAGCUAUUACUCAAGUAUCAGGAUUUCUCGUUUCAGCAGUUGGACAAAAGAUCUACAUUUGGCAAUUAAAAGAUAACGAUCUAGUAGGCGUUGCUUUUAUAGACACACAAAUUUAUAUACAUCAAAUGUUAAGCAUUAAAAGUUUAAUUUUAGUGGCUGAUGUGUACAAAUCAAUUAGUUUGUUAAGAUUCCAAGAAGAAUAUAGAACACUUUCCCUUGUUAGUAGGGAUUUCCGCCCAGCAGAAGUCUAUACGAUAGAAUAUUUAAUUGACAAUAAUAAUUUGGGCUUUCUAGUAGCUGAUGGAGAAAGCAAUAUAGCUUUAUUUAUGUAUCAACCGGAGUCAAGAGAAAGUCUUGGUGGUCAAAAAUUGAUUAGAAAAGCUGACUUUCAUUUAGGACAAAAAGUAAAUACAUUCUUUCGAAUUAAAUGUAGAAUUACUGAUCCAGCAAAUGAAAAAAAAUAUUUUUCUGGAGCAGAUAAAAGGCAUGUUACCAUGUAUGCAUCUUUGGAUGGUAGUCUUGGUUACAUUCUUCCAGUUCCAGAAAAAACAUAUCGUAGAUUACUUAUGCUACAAAAUGUAUUAGUUACACAUAUAUGUCACAUUGCAGGGCUUAAUCCCAAAGCAUACCGAACGUAUAAAAGUUAUGUAAGAACACAAGGCAAUCCAGCUAGAGGCAUUAUAGAUGGAGAUUUGGUUUGGAGUUAUCUCUAUUUACCUAAUAAUGAAAAAAUGGAUGUAGCCAAAAAAAUUGGAACGCGAGUUCAAGAAAUAAUAGAAGAUAUUACAGAAAUUGAUCGACAAACAGCACAUUUUUAAAACAACUGUUUCAUAUAUAUAUAUG